AGAAAACAACUGCUGAGAAUGUCGCGCAAGAACGUUUUAAAUUUGAUAAACACAAUAGUUUCGAACUCCUGCAAAUGUCCAGCCCAUGCGCAUAAUUAUGGAUCGGCUGCAGCGGCCACAGCUCAAACGGGCCCCAAGGAGUAUGCAUUUGAGAUGUCGGCGUCCACUGUGCGCUUUGGGCCGGGCGUGAGCGCGGAGCUGGGCGCUGAUUUGCGCAAUUGGGGCGCAAAGAAUGUUUGCCUGGUGACAGAUAAAAAUGUGGCGAAGCUACCCUCCGUUCGCGUUGCCCUGGACUCGCUGGCACGUCACGGCAUUAACUACCAGGUGUACGAUGAGACGCGUGUGGAGCCCACGGAUGAAAGCUUUUGGCUUGCUGCCCAAUUCGCGCGUCGCCAUCAGUUCGAUGCGUUCGUGGGCAUUGGCGGUGGCUCAGCCAUGGACACCGCCAAGGUGGCAAAUCUAUUCUGUAGUGAUCCGGAGGCGGAGCUGCUGGACUAUGUCAAUGCACCCAUUGGACGGGCCAAAGAGAUUUCCGUCAAGCUGAAGCCACUCAUCGCGCUACCCACUACAUCCGGCACGGGCUCGGAGACGACGGGAGUGGCAAUUUUCGACUACAAACGUCUGCAUGCCAAAACUGGCAUCUCAAGCAAACAUCUGAAGCCAACCUUGGCUAUUGUCGAUCCCUUGCACACGCUGACGCAGCCGGAGCGGGUAAUGGCGUUCGCUGGGUUCGACGUAUUCUGCCAUGCCCUGGAGAGCUUUACGGCUAUCGAUUACCGUGAGCGUGGUCCAGCGCCAGCUGAUCCCAGUCUGCGUCCGACGUAUCAGGGCAGAAACCCUAUAUCAGAUGUGUGGGCGCGUUUUGCGCUGGACUCGAUACGCACUAACUUCCUCGACGCCAUAUAUCAGCCCGACAACCUAAAGGCCCGCUCCAGCAUGCAUCUCGCCUCGACCAUGGCGGGCGUGGGCUUCGGCAAUGCCGGCGUGCAUCUCUGUCACGGUCUAUCAUAUCCCAUCUCGGGACAUGUGCGCGAUUACAAGCCCGCCGGCUAUGCCAGUGAGCACGCACUCAUUCCACACGGCCUCUCGGUUGUGGUCAGUGCGCCUGCUGUCUUCGAGUUUACCGCGCCCGCUUGCCCAGAGCGGCACUUGGAGGCCGCUCAGCUACUGGGCGCCGAUGUGACAGGCGUCAAGGCCGCCGAUGCUGGACGCCUUUUGGCAGACACUGUACGCGGCUACAUGCAGCGUGCCGGCAUUGAAAAUGGCCUUCGCGAGCUUGGCUUUUCCAGCAGCGACAUUCCAGCGCUGGUCGACGGUGCCCUGCCCCAGGAGCGCAUCACGAAAAUGGCGCCACGUGCACAAACGCAAGCGGAACUGGCCCAACUUUUUGAGAACUCGAUGCAGGUUUAUUAAUUACAAUUAAAUAUCACCUACCUCUCAAAAUUUUCACAAGCCAAAACUAACUAACGGAUCUUUUAAAUGAAGUUGGCUGCAUUGACCACAGCUUUUGCGAUAUCGAUAGAUAAAAAGAACAGUUCGUGAACUGAACUAGUUCAUCAUGCAAUUACACAAGUUACAGGGGAAAUUUAAACAAAUGAUCUUGUAACUUAAUAUUAAUUAACAUUUUUGAAUUAUCUAUAAACCUAAACUUAACAUUAAGAGCUACUUGCAAGUGAAAUGUAUUUGAAAAUAUCUUUUUUAUUGAGUAUAAUUAUUAUAAUGUAUACUCUUCUACUUGGACAUACAAAAUAUCCAGGAUCCAGGAUCCAGCCAGGGAUCAAAGCGCGCCAACAUUUAAAUCUAGUUUCCUUAAUGAUUUCCAGUUUUGUUAACACAAAUCACAAUAUCCUCAACACUGCAAUAAAUAUUUACAGACAUGCAAAAUCAGUAAGAAAAUAAAAACAUU